CUCUGAAGGUAAAACCACCCAGGUACCAGGUCACCCCCUGAUACCUGGAGCAUCAGAGCUAAAUAAGAAAGAAAAAAGAAGGAAAAAUGACAUUUUAAAAAUCUCUUAACUGUAAAUGUAAUUAUCCUUGGACAUAUCAUUAAUUUUCGCUUUGUUGUUGAUGCGUUUAUUCGUAGCUUUAACAGGUUUAACCAGGCCCUAACAGGAUUGUCAGUGUUUCAGAACAUGUUUUCAAAUGUUUAUGUUGCUGUGUUGAUUGUCAGUGUUCUGUUCCUCCCUGUGGUAAAACUGACAGGCCCGAUGUUUGUCUUCUACUCUGUAAAUGUUGUCUUUCACUCCUGGAAAAUUAGUCAAAAUUCCUCCCACAGUCAUUCAAAUGAAUGGCUAUUAACUUGCAAAGGAAAAGCUUAAACAAGUCCGGGGCCGCCCACUAACAUGCAUCAGCCUGCUGCAUGUUUGCUUAAGAGCAGUUCACAAAACGAGUCUGUGGGUAAAUACUGAGGCUCUCUUCGGUUGGUGGCCACUCUGUUGGAGCUCCUGGUGACCAUGCAGGCUCGGCCCAUUGACGGGCUGCGGCUAAUCCAUGGCAUUUCCCUGUAAAUGGUUUUCUGCAUGAGAAAAGGCCGAGCGGCCCCUCCUCUACACGGCGGCUCAGCCUCACCGUUUUGUCACUCGGUCCAUGAUAAAGGUGCCGUGGCGUUGGCCCGUGUUCGGCUACUCCCCCUCAGUUUGUUCGCAUUCACUCGGCAGACGCACAGAGUUUCCCCCCUUCAUGCAUUUGUUUUCGUUUGGUGCACAUGUUAAGUUUACGGUCCAGUUAAAGGAGUGUUGCAGAAGUGACGCUUUCUUGCUUUGACACUUCCUGCAGCCGCUGCGUCCCUGCCUGAAGCCGCCGUCAACCUGCGUGGGAGUCUCCAUACGCCGGCCUUUGGACGCACCACUAGAAAAACCCGCCUGCUCCCACCGGCGUCUUAUUUGUGCUCGGCGUGAGAUUUCAGGUGCGAGGCUAAAGCUAUGAAGGUGUAACCAUGACUACUGUCCUCUGAUUGGCUGAGCUUCACAGGAAUUAACGAGGAGAGUCAUCCAAUCUGGGCGCGGAGUGCGCGCAGUGGCUGGCAAAACCUGGUGAUAAUCCAGGCACAGUGAUGCGAAAGUGGCGGUUUGAGUUGAGCCCGUAGGUGAUGAGCGGACCUCCGAACAAAAGCUCCAAACACCCGGGGAUGUGGUGUUACAAACAAACACCAGUGAUUAAUGGUGCUGUAAGUGCGUGCCCGUGAGAGAAGAUGCCCGAUCUGGCCGUCACGCAGCUCGUCAGCUGGCGCGGGUGAGUUCCCUGCUUCUCCCCUCUCUCUGGAUUGUGGAUUGUGACAAGUGCCAGGACUGCUACCGUCCAGGAGCCCCGGCCGCACAGCGUCCGCCGCGGACUGUCAGUUCGCCGCCCGUGCACGGAGGCGUCGUCCAGUUUUCGCCUGACUGCCUACUUCCAGGAGUCAAGACGGUGUUCCGCGUAGACCCGGGUUGCCUCAGUCCGAGCAGCGCAGUCGGCGUGGGAAGGUCUGCACUCGGCGUCCUGCAGGCCGGAGACAUGAUGGUCCAGUGUGCCGGCUGUGAACGGCCCAUUCUGGACCGAUUCCUCCUGAAUGUACUGGACCGAGCCUGGCACGCGAAGUGCGUCCAGUGCUGUGACUGUAACUGCAACCUCACCGAAAAGUGCUUCUCCAGGGAUGGGAAGCUGUAUUGUAAAAUGGACUUUUUCAGGCGCUUUGGCACCAAGUGCGCUGGCUGUCUGCAGGGAAUCUUGCCAAACGACCUGGUGCGCAAAGCGCGCAGCAAGGUGUUCCAUCUGAACUGCUUCACCUGCAUGGUGUGUAACAAGCAGCUGUCCACGGGGGAGGAACUCUACGUGAUAGACGAGAACAAGUUCGUGUGCAAAGAAGAUUAUUUGAGCACCGUGGCAAUUAAGGAGGUCAACCUGAACUCAGUGUCGUCGUGCACGGACAGAAGUUUAUCUCCGGAUCUGCAGGACCAAGUACCGGACGAUAUCAAGGAGACAGACAAUUCAACGUCCUCCGAUAAGGAGACCAACAACAUCGAGAACGAGGAGCAGAACUCGGGCACCAAGAGGCGGGGGCCCCGCACCACCAUCAAGGCCAAGCAGCUGGAAACGUUAAAGGCCGCGUUUGUGGCCACGCCGAAGCCGACACGGCACAUCCGAGAGCAACUGGCCCAGGAGACGGGGCUGAACAUGAGGGUGAUACAGGUCUGGUUCCAGAACAGAAGAUCCAAAGAGCGACGAAUGAAGCAGCUGAGUGCUCUGAGCGCCCGGCGACACACGUUCUUCAGGGGGCCACGCAGGAUGAGGUCCCUGGGAGGUCGGCUGGACGACGCAGACAUUCUGGGACCUGCGGCCUACGGAUACUAUGGAGAAUACCAGGGGGACUAUUAUGGACCAGGGAGUAAUUAUGACUUCUUCCCACAUGGUCCUCCAUCUUCACAGGCUCAGUCCCCGGCUGAGUCUCCCUACAUCCUGGGCUCCGGACCUGGAGCCAUGGAAGGAUCAGGCCAUCACCCCUCAGACGACCAAAGGUUUACGGACAUGAUAUCUCACCCUGAAACCCCGAGUCCAGAGCCGGGUUUACCGAGCUCCCUGCAGCCCGUCCCUGGGGAGGCGUACAGCGGCGGGCCCAGCCCUCCGUUCUCCAUGGCCAGUAAUUCCAGCUACAGCGCUCCGAUGUCCCAUCAGGGCCAAGAGAUGGGAGAAAGUACAGCCUGGUAAAGGGACAAACCACAGGGACUACUCCUGGCUGGACGUCAGCCUAGUUAAUUCAGGAGAUGAGAUGGGGGAAGCCUACAUUCGCAGAGCGGGAGGCACAGCUGGUGUUUGUACUGGAGGAGAGAGACGACGGACUGACGGACGGACACAGAGACGGGACGUAGAGUAGGAUAGCCACUGGGUCUUUGUAGACGCUCCGAAGCAUAUCUCUCCAAGGAUUACUGGACAACGAUAAACCAACCCAGCAAAAUGCUUCUCACCGUCCCCUUAAUGUUAACAAAGGUGUCUUCUACUGCUCCAGGAAUACAUUAGGGAGAAAUGCCAAAGGAGACAUCUGAGGCUCACUUUCUGUUCUCACCACAUUCUGUUCUUUUUUUUUUUCCUGUUCUCUCCAAACCUGCCUUUAUUGCUAAGCAACCGACAUACCCUCAAUACUUGGUGAAACCAAUGACCAGGUUUUUAAUAUACAUGCUUUAAUCCUCAUUUGUGGCAAUCAAGACAGGUUUGGUAAAAAAAUAAAUAAAUAAAUAAAUUCAUCUUUUGCUCUUUUUUUCCCCUUGUAAAACAGCAUCACAUCAAAAACUGCUGCUUGAUGGAAUAUGUAUUUUUUACCCCCCCCCGCACACACACACACACAGACACACACACACACGUCUAGUGUUAUUCUCUUCUGCACAACUCAGCCUUUAAUACUCAAAAAGUAUUCUUGAUCAUAGCUUAAAGGAGGAUGUCUAGAACAUUAUUCAAAACACGGACACAAUUAUGCACACACACACACACAGACACACACACACACACUAUUCUCACACCCCUCUCACGCCCAUCCAGGCGGCCCUGAUAGUUCUGCUCCUCGCACUGCUUCACCUGACCUUCCUUUUGUUACUAUCCCUUUUAAAAAACAUGUUUUAAUGGAAAUGAUUUUCAAAAGAACAUUGAACCCAUAAUGGAGAAUCUCCUUCAACAGCUGAGGUCUCCUUCCUCUAAAGAAGGAAAACAAAAGAGGGGGCAGACUACAUCUGUGACAUUACCAGUCUGCUCCGAAGCUCUCGUUGCCACCUAGUGGGCACAUUUGAAAGACACUAAAUCAACAAUCCCCUUCUGCAGUCAGAGGGCCUCGGAGAAUCUUAUCAGUCCAAAUCCAAAGCCUUCGCGUUUUUCUUUUCUACCACUUUCAAAUGCUGCCAGUUCUACCCGUGCCAGAGUACCGGGAGAGUUUAGAUGUGCGAUAAUACCGCGGUAUUUUCCCUCCCCUGCUGUGACGACGCUGACGGAUGGUCGGUAUUAUCUAAGACAAAGCUCAUAUACACAGUAUGGUCACCUCUGUCCCACCCCGUUCAUCCUGCAGUAGAAACAAACACAUACACUCAUACACACCCGCUGACCGAGCUCUGCUAUACAUUUGUUUUAAAUUCAUUUGAAUUUUCUCCAGUCAUCGUUAGAGCUCCAGAAAGAAUGUUUCUUAUUUCCGGUGUCGACACAUUCUUGGGCCGUGCUAGAGUGUGUGUGUUUGUGUGUGUGAGUGAGUGAGUGUGUGACUGUACAUAGGAGCGUGCUUGAACAUUUACAGUGUGUGUGAGCGGGUAUGCGUGUGCGUGUGUGUGUGCGCGCACAUUAGUGCACACUGAAGGGAUUGGGAGCAAGGCUGUAUAAUUUCUAUGUAAAUAGCACUGGUAAUAAAACCUUCUCUUACAACCUAAAGACACGUGAUC